GCUUAGCCCAGAGUAGAAGCCACACAGAGGAGGGGAAAAAAAAACCAAACAAAAAAAAAAAACAAGAGGCUUAAAUCAACUCAGAGAAGGGAGGGAGGGAGAGAGGAGAGGGGAGAAAACGCCCUGGAAGUCUAAGUGGUCGAGAAACUGGAAAACAGAGACAUACUUCUGACAGACUGCAAACUUGUGACAGUGUGAAAAGUGCUGGGGUGAAGGGGAGAAGACACGUUUUCAAGGAUGCUCAAGCGGGUGUGAGGCUUCUUUGGCGCAACGAUUGCGCACAGAAGUCAAAAAAGAAGAACACAAGAAGCAGACUGAAGCCCUUGGAUUAGCUUGAGCAAUCCAAGGAAAACAACAACAGCAUUUUCCUCCCACCAGGACUGGUUUAGAGGAAAACAGAACCAAGAUGGCUGACGAAGAAGACACCAGGGAAGUGCUCUUUCAAGACUGGGAAGGCCCAGACAAAACUGGCUUGACCAUCGAACACACAAGUGGAGGGGAGCUCCUCGUCAAGGAGGUGAAAGGAGAGUCACCUGCAGCACGAUCUGGAAAAGUAUACGAAGGCGAUCAGAUUGUGGGUGCAACUAUCUACUUUGAAAAUAUGAGCUCCGAAGAGACAGCAGAGUUACUGAAAACAUUGAACAAACACAAAGUUGGACUGAAACUACAAAACAAAGGAGACAAAUCCCCAUGCUACUCACCCUUGAGCACACCAUGUCGUUCUCCAAUGGGCACACUCACAUGGGAAGGGAAGUCACAGUUUGGAGCAUCAAGUCCAGAAAUCAUUCUCAGUGGAGAUGAUGAGGACUACAAGAGAAUAUACACAAAGAAGAUUAAACCAAGGCUGAAGUCUGAAGAUCUUGCAGAAGGAGUGGAUGUUCGUACAGAGCGACACAGCAGCACUAGCAGUGAUGGCAGUACUAUUACAACCAUCACUCGCCGCAUCACUACUUACACAGUGGAUAUGCCAAGUGGGAUAGGUGAGAAACUAGAACUUUCAAGCCCAGACUUCAAGGGACAACAGCAUGAAUCUGGAGAUGGCUCUCCUCGUGUCAGAAUAUUGCAUGGCAGUCCUACAGUUAAAGGGGUGGGAGAAGAGGGUGUUUUUGAGUCAUGCAAUGUAACCUAUACUGGUCUAAAAGGUAGCUCAACAGAAACACAUUCAAGUGGAGAUCAGUCAAAGACAAUUAUAAGAGAGGGAACAGAAAUAAGUAAGGAUCUCAGAUUUAAAGGACCUAAGUUUGGAGUUGUAGGUCACGAGGGCACUAAAAUCUUAAGAGAAAGUGAAGAACAGACAGCUGGAAGCAUAGAUGAGUCUGAAAAACAGACUAUAUCCGGUGAAAGUAAAAGCACUUUUAUAAAGGUUGUUACAGUAAGAGGGUCAGGAGAUGCAGAAUUAACCACAAAUGAUGAUAACAAGAGAUCAGCUAGUUUGUCUCUACCACAAGAAGACAUUAAGUUCCAGAGACCAUCUGGAGACACAUCCCUCCACCUGAACAAAGGAUCAAGUUAUUUUGAUGUUAAAAAGGUUGGAAAUUCUGCUGAUUCUGGAAAGGUAUCAUUUGUUACAGAAAGUAAUGCCAACACUGGUUAUUCUUCAAAUCCAGACAGAAAUUCAUUGACAAGUAGGCAAACUAGUCUUCCAAGUGCAAAGCCAAAAAGUGGGGAAAAAGAUGAUGGAGUUCCAACAGCAACAAAAAUAGGGUUUAGAUGUCCUGAUAUAAACACUGAAAGAAAAGAAGGUGAUUUAAAAUUACCACAUAUAAACACAUCAUCAUUAAAGACCACUAGUCAAGGCAGCUCAGAAGAGGCCAUUAAAUAUCAAAAAAUGGAUUCAGACGUUGAUAGAUCUCAGGUAACUGAUGAUGGCUUUCAUUACAAAACACAAACCAUAACAGAGAUAGACACAAGAAGUAAAGGCAAAGCUGACAUGUCAGACUCAAAGGUAGGAGUUAAUGUAAGAAUGCCUGAGAUGAAUCUGAACUUGAAAGCUUCAACAAUCAAAGGUAAUGUGGAUGUAGAACGUGUAAGGACAGCAGAAGCUGACAGACAAGAUUUUGAGUCAAAGGACGGAUUUUCAUUAUCCCGGAUUGAAACGCUAUCAGUUAAGAGCAAAGACCAAGAAGUUGAUGUGAGAGGGAAAAGUAGUAAAACAGAAAAUGAUAUGGAAAUUACAGAGCCAAAGAAAAACAAAGAUGUAAAAAAAUAUACGGAAGUGGAAGCACCAGUCCUAACAAUACCCUGCAAAUCUGGAACAAAAAUAUCCAUGCCAGAUGUAGAUAUAAACUUGAAAGGCCCAAAACUAAAAGGUGAAAUGGAUGUUUCACACCCAAAGAUGAAAACAGAUAUCAAAUCACCCAAAAUUGACAUAAAGGGUCCAGAAGUUGAUAUUGAAGGGACAAAGGGAGAACUUGAAAUGCCAAAAUUAAAAAUGUCUUCAAUGAAAAUGAAAGGUCCAAAGGUUGAUGUGCCAGAUGUUAAUCUUAAUCUGAAAGGUCCUAAAGUUACAGGAGAUAUGGAUGUUAAGUUGCCAAAGAAGAAAGGAGAUCUUAAAGGUCCAGAUGUGGAUAUUGAAGGCCCAGAUGAUGACACAGAGGGGUACAAAGGUGGACUGAAAAUGCCUAAAUUCAAGAUGCCAUCAUUCGGUAUUAUAGGCCCCAAAGAUGAAGAUCCAGAUGUUCACAUCAACCUCCCAAAGGCAGAUAUUGAUGUGAAGGCACAGGAUGUUGAAAUUGAGGGAGCAGACCUUGACAUUAGGGGACCAGAUGCAAAUCUAAAAGGGUCCAAAUUCAUCAUGCCCAGCAUAUCUGGACCAGAAAUAUCCAUGCCAGAUGUGGAUUUCAACUUGAAAGACCCAAAACUCAAGGGUGACAUGAAUGUUUCAGGUCAAAAGGUCAGAGGAGAUGUCAAAUCACAAGAAAUUCACAUCAAAGGUCCAGAAGCUGAAUUUGAAGGACAAAAGGGAGGAUUUGAAAUGCCAAAAAUAAAAAUGUCUUCACUGAAUUUGAAAGGUUCAAAGGUUGAUGUUCCAGAUGUAAAUCUUAAUCUGAAAGGCCCUAAUGUUGAAAGUGAUGUGGAUGUCGAACUGCCAAAGAUCAAAGGCGAUCUAAAAGGUCCAGAGGUGGACAUUAAAGGUGUAGACAUUGACAUGAAGGGAACAAAUGCCAAACUGAAAGGUCCCAAAUUCAACAUGCCAAGUAUAUCUGGACAAAAAAUAUCCAUGCCAGAUGUGGAUUUCAACUUGAAAGGCCCAAAACUCAAAGGUGACAUGGAUGUUUCAGUUCCAAAGAUCAAAGGAGAUAUCAAAUCAUCUGAAAUAGACAUCAAAGGUCCAGAACUUGAUAGUGAAGGACCAAAGGGAGGAUUUGAAAUGCCUAAAAUGAAAAUGCCUUCACUAAAUUUGAAAGGUCCAAACGUUGAUGUUCCAGAUCUUGAUAUUAAUCUGAAAGGUCCUAAAGUUGAAGGGGAUCUGGAUGUUAAAAUGCCAAGGAUUAAAGGAGAUGUAAAAGGUCCAGAGGUGGAUAUUGAAGGCCCAGACAUUGACAUUGAAGGUCACAAAGGUGGAAUGAAAAUGCCCAAAUUCAAGAUGCCCUCAUUUGGUUUCAAAGGCCCCAAACUAGAAGGCCCAGGUGUUGACAUAAACCUCCCCAAGGCAGAUAUUGAUGUGAAAGCACCAGAUGUUGAUAUUGAAGGAGCAGACCUUGACAUUAAGGGACCAAAUGCAAAACUGAAAGGUCCCAAAUUAAAUAUGCCAAGCAUAUCUGGGCCAAAAAUAUCCAUGCCAGAUGUGGAUUUCAACUUGAAAGGCCCAAAACUCAAAGGUGACAUGGAUGUUUCAGUUCCAAAUCUCAAAGGAGAUAUCAAAUCACCUGAAAUCGACAUCAAAGGUCCAGAAGUUGAUAUUCAAGGACCAAAGGGAGGAUUUGAAAUGCCUAAAAUAAAAAUGCCUUCACUAAAUUUGAAAGGUCCACACGUUGAUGUUCCAGAUGUUGACAUUAAUCUGAAAGGUCCUAAGGUUGAAGGGGAUCUAGAUGUCAAAAUGGCAAAGAUUAAAGGAGAUCUAAAAGGGCCCGAGGUGGACAUUGAAGGCCCAGAUUUUGACAUGGAGGGUUACAAGGGUGGAAUGAAAAUGCCCAAAUUCAAGAUGCCAUCAUUUGGUUUCAAAGGCCCCAAACUAGAAGGUCCAGAUGUUGACAUCAACCUCCCCAAGACAGAUACUGAUGUGAAAGCACCAGAUGUUGAUAUCGAAGGAGCAGACCUUGACAUUAAGGGACCAAAUGCAAAACUGAAAGGUCCCAAAUUCAACGUGCCAAGCAUAUCUGGACCAAAAAUAUCCAUGCCAGAUGUGGAUUUCAACUUGAAAGGCCCAAAACCCAAAGGUGACAUGGAUGUUUCAGUUCCAAAGAUCAAAGGAGAUAUCAAAUCACCUGAAAUAGACAUCAAAGGUCCAGAAGUUGAUAGUGAAGGACCAAAGGGAGGAUUUGAAAUGCCUAAAAUGAAAAUGCCUUCACUAAAUUUGAAAGGUCCAAAGGUUGAUGUUCCAGAUGUUGACAUUAAUCUGAAAGGUCCUAAAGUUGAAGGGGAUCUGGAUGUUAAAAUGCCAAAGAUCAAAGGAGAUGUCAAAGGUCCAGAGGUGGACAUUGAAGGACCAGACAUUGACAUUGAAGUUAACAAAGGUGGAAUGAAAAUGCCCAAAUUCAAGAUGCCAUCCUUUGGUCUGAAAAGCCCCAAACUAGAAGGUCCAGAUGUUGACAUCAACCUCCCCAAAGCAGAUAUUGAUGUGAAAGCACCAGAUGUUGAUAUCGAAGGAGCAGACCUUGACAUUAAGGGACCAAAUGCCAAACUGAAAGGUCCCAAAUUCAGCAUGCCAAGCAUAUCUGGACCAAAAAUAUCCAUGCCAGAUGUGGAUUUCAACUUGAAAGGCCCAAAACUCAAAGGUGACAUGGAUGUUUCAGUUCCAAAGAUCAAAGGAGAUAUCAAAUCACCUGAAAUAGACAUCAAAGGACCAGAAGUUGAUAUUGAAGGACCAAAGGGAGGAUUUGAAAUGCCUAAAAUGAAAAUGCCUUCACUAAAUUUGAAAGGUCCAAAAGUUGAUGUUCCAGAUGUUGACAUUAAUCUGAAAGGUCCUAAAGUUGAAGGGGAUCUGGAUGUUAAAAUGCCAAAGAUCAAAGGAGAUGUCAAAGGUCCAGAGGUGGACAUUGAAGGCCCAGACAUUGACAUUGAAGGUCACAAAGGUGGAAUGAAAAUGCCCAAAUUCAAGAUGCCAUCAUUUGGUUUCAAAGGCCCCAAACUAGAAGGUCCAGAUGUUCACAUGAACCUCCCCGAGGCAGAUAUUGAUGUGAAAGCACCAGAUGUUGAUAUCGAAGGAGCAGACCUUGACAUUAAGGGACCAAAUGCAAAACUGAAAGGUCACAAAUUCAGCAUGCCAAGCAUAUCUGGACCAAAAAUAUCCAUGCCAGAUGUGGAUUUCAACAUGAAAGGCCCAAAACUCAAAGGUGACAUGGAUGUUUCAGUUCCAAAGAUCAAAGGAGAUAUCAAAUCACCUGAAAUAGACAUCAAAGGUCCAGAAGUUGACAUUGAAGGACCAAAGGGAGGAUUUGAAAUGCCUAAAAUGAAAAUGCCUUCACUAAAUUUGAAAGGUCCAAAGGUUGAUGUUCCAGAUGUUGACAUUAAUCUGAAAGGUCCUAAAGUUGAAGGGGAUCUGGAUUUUAAAAUGCCAAAGAUCAAAGGAGAUGUCAAAGGUCCAGAGGUGGACAUUGAAGGCCCAGAUAUUGACAUAGAAGGUCACAAAGGUGGAAUGAAAAUGCCCAAAUUCAAGAUGCCAUCAUUUGGUUUCAAAGGCCCCAAACUAGAAGGUCCAGAUGUUGACAUCAACCUCCCCAAGACAGAUAUUGAUGUGAAAGCACCAGAUGUUGAUAUUGAAGGAGCAGACCUUGACAUUAAGGGACCAAAUGCAAAACUGAAAGGUCCCAAAUUCAGCAUGCCAAGCAUAUCUGGACCAAAAAUAUCCAUGCCAGAUGUGGAUUUCAACUUGAAAGGCCCAAAACUCAAAGGUGACAUGGAUGUUUCAGUUCCAAAGAUCAAAGGAGAUAUCAAAUCACCUGAAAUAGACAUCAAAGGUCCAGAAGUUGAUAUUGAAGGACCAAAGGGAGGAUUUGAAAUGCCUAAAAUGAAAAUGCCUUCACUAAAUUUGAAAGGUCCAAAAGUUGAUGUUCCAGAUGUUGACAUUAAUCUGAAAGGUCCUAAAGUUGAAGGGGAUCUGGAUGUUAAAAUGCCAAAGAUCAAAGGAGAUGUCAAAUGUCCAGAGGUGGACAUUGAAGGCCCAGAUAUUGACAUUGAAGGUCACAAAGGUGGAAUGAAAAUGCCCAAAUUCAAGAUGCCAUCAUUUGGUUUCAAAGGCCCCAAACUAGAAGGUCCAGAUGUUGACAUCAACCUCCCCAAGACAGAUAUUGAUGUGAAAGCACCAGAUGUUGAUAUCGAAGGAGCAGACCUUGACAUUAAGGGACCAAAUGCAAAACUGAAAGGUCACAAAUUCAGCAUGCCAAGCAUAUCUGGACCAAAAAUAUCCAUGCCAGAUGUGGAUUUCAACAUGAAAGGCCCAAAACUCAAAGGUGACAUGGAUGUUUCAGUUCCAAAGAUCAAAGGAGAUAUCAAAUCACCUGAAAUAGACAUCAAAGGUCCAGAAGUUGACAUUGAAGGACCAAAGGGAGGAUUUGAAAUGCCUAAAAUGAAAAUGCCUUCACUAAAUUUGAAAGGUCCAAAGGUUGAUGUUCCAGAUGUUGACAUUAAUCUGAAAGGUCCUAAAGUUGAAGGGGAUCUGGAUUUUAAAAUGCCAAAGAUCAAAGGAGAUGUCAAAGGUCCAGAGGUGGACAUUGAAGGCCCAGAUAUUGACAUAGAAGGUCACAAAGGUGGAAUGAAAAUGCCCAAAUUCAAGAUGCCAUCAUUUGGUUUCAAAGGCCCCAAACUAGAAGGUCCAGAUGUUGACAUCAACCUCCCCAAGACAGAUAUUGAUGUGAAAGCACCAGAUGUUGAUAUCGAAGGAGCAGACCUUGACAUUAAGGGACCAAAUGCAAAGCUGAAAGGUCCCAAAUUCAGCAUGCCAAGCAUAUCGGGACCAAAAAUAUCCAUGCCAGAUGUGGAUUUCAACUUGAAAGGCCCAAAACUCAAAGGUGACAUGGAUGUUUCAGUUCCAAAGAUCAAAGGAGAUAUCAAAUCACCUGAAAUAGACAUCAAAGGUCCAGAAGUUGAUAUUGAAGGACCAAAGGGAGGAUUUGAAAUGCCUAAAAUGAAAAUGCCUUCACUAAAUUUGAAAGGUCCAAAAGUUGAUGUUCCAGAUGUUGACAUUAAUCUGAAAGGUCCUAAAGUUGAAGGGGAUCUGGAUGUUAAAAUGCCAAAGAUCAAAGGAGAUGUCAAAGGUCCAGAGGUGGACAUUGAAGGCCCAGACAUUGACAUUGAAGGUCACAAAGGUGGAAUGAAAAUGCCCAAAUUCAAGAUGCCAUCAUUUGGUUUCAAAGGCCCCAAACUAGAAGGUCCAGAUGUUGACAUCAACCUCCCCAAGACAGAUAUUGAUGUGAAAGCACCAGAUGUUGAUAUUGAAGGAGCAGACCUUGACAUUAAGGGACCAAAUGCAAAACUGAAAGGUCCCAAAUUCAGCAUGCCAAGCAUAUCUGGACCAAAAAUAUCCAUGCCAGAUGUGGAUUUCAGCAUGAAAGGCCCAAAACUCAAAGGUGACAUGGAUGUUUCAGUUCCAAAGAUCAAAGGAGAUAUCAAAUCACCUGAAAUAGACAUCAAAGGUCCAGAAGUUGACAUUGAAGGACCAAAGGGAGGAUUUGAAAUGCCUAAAAUGAAAAUGCCUUCACUAAAUUUGAAAGGUCCAAAGGUUGAUGUUCCAGAUGUUGACAUUAAUCUGAAAGGUCCUAAAGUUGAAGGGGAUCUGGAUUUUAAAAUGCCAAAGAUCAAAGGAGAUGUCAAAGGUCCAGAGGUGGACAUUGAAGGCCCAGAUAUUGACAUAGAAGGUCACAAAGGUGGAAUGAAAAUGCCCAAAUUCAAGAUGCCAUCAUUUGGUUUCAAAGGCCCCAAACUAGAAGGUCCAGAUGUUGACAUCAACCUCCCCAAGACAGAUAUUGAUGUGAAAGCACCAGAUGUUGAUAUUGAAGGAGCAGACCUUGACAUUAAGGGACCAAAUGCAAAACUGAAAGGUCCCAAAUUCAGCAUGCCAAGCAUAUCUGGACCAAAAAUAUCCAUGCCAGAUGUGGAUUUCAACUUGAAAGGCCCAAAACUCAAAGGUGACAUGGAUGUUUCAGUUCCAAAGAUCAAAGGAGAUAUCAAAUCACCUGAAAUAGACAUCAAAGGUCCAGAAGUUGAUAUUGAAGGACCAAAGGGAGGAUUUGAAAUGCCUAAAAUGAAAAUGCCUUCACUAAAUUUGAAAGGUCCAAAAGUUGAUGUUCCAGAUGUUGACAUUAAUCUGAAAGGUCCUAAAGUUGAAGGGGAUCUGGAUGUUAAAAUGCCAAAGAUCAAAGGAGAUGUCAAAGGUCCAGAGGUGGACAUUGAAGGCCCAGACAUUGACAUUGAAGGUCACAAAGGUGGAAUGAAAAUGCCCAAAUUCAAGAUGCCAUCAUUUGGUUUCAAAGGCCCCAAACUAGAAGGUCCAGAUGUUGACAUCAACCUCCCCAAGACAGAUAUUGAUGUGAAAGCACCAGAUGUUGAUAUUGAAGGAGCAGACCUUGACAUUAAGGGACCAAAUGCAAAACUGAAAGGUCCCAAAUUCAGCACAAGCAUAUCUGGACCAAAAAUAUCCAUGCCAGAUGUGGAUUUCAGCAUGAAAGGCCCAAAACUCAAAGGUGACAUGGAUGUUUCAGUUCCAAAGAUCAAAGGAGAUAUCAAAUCACCUGAAAUAGACAUCAAAGGUCCAGAAGUUGAUAUUGAAGGACCAAAGGGAGGAUUUGAAAUGCCUAAAAUGAAAAUGCCUUCACUAAAUUUGAAAGGUCCAAAAGUUGAUGUUCCAGAUGUUGACAUUAAUCUGAAAGGUCCUAAAGUUGAAGGGGAUCUGGAUGUUAAAAUGCCAAAGAUCAAAGGAGAUGUCAAAGGUCCAGAGGUGGACAUUGAAGGCCCAGACAUUGACAUUGAAGGUCACAAAGGUGGAAUGAAAAUGCCCAAAUUCAAGAUGCCAUCAUUUGGUUUCAAAGGCCCCAAACUAGAAGGUCCAGAUGUUGACAUCAACCUCCCCAAGACAGAUAUUGAUGUGAAAGCACCAGAUGUUGAUAUUGAAGGAGCAGACCUUGACAUUAAGGGACCAAAUGCAAAACUGAAAGGUCCCAAAUUCAGCAUGCCAAGCAUAUCUGGACCAAAAAUAUCCAUGCCAGAUGUGGAUUUCAGCAUGAAAGGCCCAAAACUCAAAGGUGACAUGGAUGUUUCAGUUCCAAAGAUCAAAGGAGAUAUCAAAUCACCUGAAAUAGACAUCAAAGGUCCAGAGGUGGACAUUGAAGGCCCAGACAUUGACAUUGAAGGUCACAAAGGUGGAAUGAAAAUGCCCAAAUUCAAGAUGCCAUCAUUUGGUUUCAAAGGACCAAAAAUAUCCAUGCCAGAUGUGGAUUUCAGCAUGAAAGGCCCAAAACUCAAAGGUGACAUGGAUGUUUCAGUUCCAAAGAUCAAAGGAGAUAUCAAAUCACCUGAAAUAGACAUCAAAGGUCCAGAAGUUGAUAUUGAAGGACCAAAGGGAGGAUUUGAAAUGCCUAAAAUGAAAAUGCCUUCACUAAAUUUGAAAGGUCCAAAAGUUGAUGUUCCAGAUGUUGACAUUAAUCUGAAAGGUCCUAAAGUUGAAGGGGAUCUGGAUGUUAAAAUGCCAAAGAUCAAAGGAGAUGUCAAAGGUCCAGAGGUGGACAUUGAAGGCCCAGACAUUGACAUUGAAGGUCACAAAGGUGGAAUGAAAAUGCCCAAAUUCAAGAUGCCAUCAUUUGGUUUCAAAGGCCCCAAACUAGAAGGUCCAGAUGUUGACAUCAACCUCCCCAAGACAGAUAUUGAUGUGAAAGCACCAGAUGUUGAUAUUGAAGGAGCAGACCUUGACAUUAAGGGACCAAAUGCAAAACUGAAAGGUCCCAAAUUCAGCAUGCCAAGCAUAUCUGGACCAAAAAUAUCCAUGCCAGAUGUGGAUUUCAGCAUGAAAGGCCCAAAACUCAAAGGUGACAUGGAUGUUUCAGUUCCAAAGAUCAAAGGAGAUAUCAAAUCACCUGAAAUAGACAUCAAAGGUCCAGAAGUUGAUAUUGAAGGACCAAAGGGAGGAUUUGAAAUGCCUAAAAUGAAAAUGCCUUCACUAAAUUUGAAAGGUCCAAAAGUUGAUGUUCCAGAUGUUGACAUUAAUCUGAAAGGUCCUAAAGUUGAAGGGGAUCUGGAUGUUAAAAUGCCAAAGAUCAAAGGAGAUGUCAAAGGUCCAGAGGUGGACAUUGAAGGCCCAGACAUUGACAUUGAAGGUCACAAAGGUGGAAUGAAAAUGCCCAAAUUCAAGAUGCCAUCAUUUGGUUUCAAAGGCCCCAAACUAGAAGGUCCAGAUGUUGACAUCAACCUCCCCAAGACAGAUAUUGAUGUGAAAGCACCAGAUGUUGAUAUUGAAGGAGCAGACCUUGACAUUAAGGGACCAAAUGCAAAACUGAAAGGUCCCAAAUUCAGCAUGCCAAGCAUAUCUGGACCAAAAAUAUCCAUGCCAGAUGUGGAUUUCAGCAUGAAAGGCCCAAAACUCAAAGGUGACAUGGAUGUUUCAGUUCCAAAGAUCAAAGGAGAUAUCAAAUCACCUGAAAUAGACAUCAAAGGUCCAGAGGUGGACAUUGAAGGCCCAGACAUUGACAUUGAAGGUCACAAAGGUGGAAUGAAAAUGCCCAAAUUCAAGAUGCCAUCAUUUGGUUUCAAAGGCCCCAAACUAGAAGGUCCAGAUGUUGACAUCAACCUCCCCAAGACAGAUAUUGAUGUGAAAGCACCAGAUGUUGAUAUUGAAGGAGCAGACCUUGACAUUAAGGGACCAAAUGCAAAACUGAAAGGUCCCAAAUUCAGCAUGCGCAUAUCUGGACCAAAAAUAUCCAUGCCAGAUGUGGAUUUCAGCAUGAAAGGCCCAAAACUCAAAGGUGACAUGGAUGUUUCAGUUCCAAAGAUCAAAGGAGAUAUCAAAUCACCUGAAAUAGACAUCAAAGGUCCAGAAGUUGAUAUUGAAGGACCAAAGGGAGGAUUUGAAAUGCCUAAAAUGAAAAUGCCUUCACUAAAUUUGAAAGGUCCAAAAGUUGAUGUUCCAGAUGUUGACAUUAAUCUGAAAGGUCCUAAAGUUGAAGGGGAUCUGGAUGUUAAAAUGCCAAAGAUCAAAGGAGAUGUCAAAGGUCCAGAGGUGGACAUUGAAGGCCCAGACAUUGACAUUGAAGGUCACAAAGGUGGAAUGAAAAUGCCCAAAUUCAAGAUGCCAUCAUUUGGUUUCAAAGGCCCCAAACUAGAAGGUCCAGAUGUUGACAUCAACCUCCCCAAGACAGAUAUUGAUGUGAAAGCACCAGAUGUUGAUAUUGAAGGAGCAGACCUUGACAUUAAGGGACCAAAUGCAAAACUGAAAGGUCCCAAAUUCAGCAUGCCAAGCAUAUCUGGACCAAAAAUAUCCAUGCCAGAUGUGGAUUUCAACAUGAAAGGCCCAAAACUCAAAGGUGACAUGGAUGUUUCAGUUCCAAAGAUCAAAGGAGAUAUCAAAUCACCUGAAAUAGACAUCAAAGGUCCAGAAGUUGAUAUUGAAGGACCAAAGGGAGGAUUUGAAAUGCCUAAAAUGAAAAUGCCUUCACUAAAUUUGAAAGGUCCAAAAGUUGAUGUUCCAGAUGUUGACAUUAAUCUGAAAGGUCCUAAAGUUGAAGGGGAUCUGGAUGUUAAAAUGCCAAAGAUCAAAGGAGAUGUCAAAGGUCCAGAGGUGGACAUUGAAGGCCCAGACAUUGACAUUGAAGGUCACAAAGGUGGAAUGAAAAUGCCCAAAUUCAAGAUGCCAUCAUUUGGUUUCAAAGGCCCCAAACUAGAAGGUCCAGAUGUUGACAUCAACCUCCCAACAGAUAUUGAUGUGAAAGCACCAGAUGUUGAUAUCGAAGGAGCAGACCUUGACAUUAAGGGACCAAAUGCAAAACUGAAAGGUCCCAAAUUCAGCAUGCCAAGCAUAUCUGGACCAAAAAUAUCCAUGCCAGAUGUGGAUUUCAACAUGAAAGGCCCAAAACUCAAAGGUGACAUGGAUGUUUCAGUUCCAAAGAUCAAAGGAGAUAUCAAAUCACCUGAAAUAGACAUCAAAGGUCCAGAGGUGGACAUUGAAGGCCCAGACAUUGACAUUGAAGGUCACAAAGGUGGAAUGAAAAUGCCCAAAUUCAAGAUGCCAUCAUUUGGUUUCAAAGGCCCCAAACUAGAAGGUCCAGAUGUUGACAUCAACCUCCCCAAGACAGAUAUUGAUGUGAAAGCACCAGAUGUUGAUAUGAGAGCAGACCUUGACAUUAAGGGACCAAAUGCAAAACUGAAAGGUCCCAAAUUCAGCAUGCCAAGCAUAUCUGGACCAAAAAUAUCCAUGCCAGAUGUGGAUUUCAACAUGAAAGGCCCAAAACUCAAAGGUGACAUGGAUGUUUCAGUUCCAAAGAUCAAAGGAGAUAUCAAAUCACCUGAAAUAGACAUCAAAGGUCCAGAAGUUGAUAUUGAAGGACCAAAGGGAGGAUUUGAAAUGCCUAAAAUGAAAAUGCCUUCACUAAAUUUGAAAGGUCCAAAAGUUGAUGUUCCAGAUGUUGACAUUAAUCUGAAAGGUCCUAAAGUUGAAGGGGAUCUGGAUGUUAAAAUGCCAAAGAUCAAAGGAGAUGUCAAAGGUCCAGAGGUGGACAUUGAAGGCCCAGACAUUGACAUUGAAGGUCACAAAGGUGGAAUGAAAAUGCCCAAAUUCAAGAUGCCAUCAUUUGGUUUCAAAGGCCCCAAACUAGAAGGUCCAGAUGUUGACAUCAACCUCCCCAAGACAGAUAUUGAUGUGAAAGCACCAGAUGUUGAUAUUGAAGGAGCAGACCUUGACAUUAAGGGACCAAAUGCAAAACUGAAAGGUCCCAAAUUCAGCAUGCCAAGCAUAUCUGGACCAAAAAUAUCCAUGCCAGAUGUGGAUUUCAACUUGAAAGGCCCAAAACUCAAAGGUGACAUGGAUGUUUCAGUUCCAAAGAUCAAAGGAGAUAUCAAAUCACCUGAAAUAGACAUCAAAGGUCCAGAGGUGGACAUUGAAGGCCCAGACAUUGACAUUGAAGGUCACAAAGGUGGAAUGAAAAUGCCCAAAUUCAAGAUGCCAUCAUUUGGUUUCAAAGGCCCCAAACUAGAAGGUCCAGAUGUUGACAUCAACCUCCCCAAGACAGAUAUUGAUGUGAAAGCACCAGAUGUUGAUAUCGAAGGAGCAGACCUUGACAUUAAGGGACCAAAUGCAAAACUGAAAGGUCCCAAAUUCAGCAUGCCAAGCAUAUCUGGACCAAAAAUAUCCAUGCCAGAUGUGGAUUUCAACAUGAAAGGCCCAAAACUCAAAGGUGACAUGGAUGUUUCAGUUCCAAAGAUCAAAGGAGAUAUCAAAUCACCUGAAAUAGACAUCAAAGGUCCAGAAGUUGAUAUUGAAGGACCAAAGGGAGGAUUUGAAAUGCCUAAAAUAAAAAUGCCUUCACUAAAUUUGAAAGGUCCAAAGGUUGAUGUUCCAGAUGUUGACAUUAAUCUGAAAGGUCCUAAAGUUGAAGGGGAUCUGGAUGUUAAAAUGCCAAAGAUCAAAGGAGAUGUCAAAGGUCCAGAGGUGGACAUUGAAGGCCCAGACAUUGAUAUUGAAGGUCACAAAGGUGGAAUGAAAAUGCCCAAAUUCAAGAUGCCAUCAUUUGGUUUCAAAGGCCCCAAACUAGAAGGUCCAGAUGUUGACAUCAACCUCCCCAAAACAGAUAUUGAUGUGAAAGCACCAGAUGUUGAUAUCGAAGGAGCAGACCUUGACAUUAAGGGACCAAAUGCCAAACUGAAAGGUCCCAAAUUCAACAUGCCAGGCAUAUCUGGACCAAAUAUAUCGAUGCCAGAUGUGGAUUUCAACUUGAAAGGCCCAAAACUCAAAGGUGACAUGGAUGUUUCAGGUCUAAAAAUGAAAGGAGAUAUCAAAUCACCUGAAUUUGACAUCAAAGGUCCAGAAGUUGAUAUUGAAGGACCAGAGGGAGGAUUUGAAAUGCCUAAAAUAAAAAUGCCUUCACUAAAUUUGAAAGGUCCAAAGGUUGAUGUUCCAGAUGUUGACAUUAAUCUGAAAGGUCCUAAGGUUGAAGGGGAUCUGGAUGUUAAAAUGCCAAAGAUCAAAGGAGAUGUCAAAGGUCCAGAGGUGGACAUUGAAGGCCCAGAUGUUGACAUUGAGGUGCACAAAAGUGGGUUCAAGAUGCCUAAAUUCAAGAUGCCAUCAUUUGGUUUGAAAAGCCCCAGACUAGAAGGCUCAGAUGUUGACAUCAACCUCUCCAAGGCAGAUAUUGAUGUGAAAGCACCAGAUGUUGAUAUUGAAGGAGCAGACCUUGACAUUAAGGGUCCAAAUGCAAAACUGAAAGGUCCCAAAUUCCACAUGCCAAGCAUAUCUGGGCCAAAAAUAUCUAUGCCAGAUGUGGAUUUCAACUUGAAAGGUCCAAACCUCAAAGGUGACAUGGAUGCUUCGGGUCCAAAGAUCAAAGGAGACAUCAAAUCACCUGAAAUAGACAUCAAAGGUCCUGAAGUUGAUAUUGAAGGACCAAAGGGAGGAUUUGAAAUGCCUAAAAUAAAAAUGCCUUCACUAAAUUUGAAAGGUCCAAAGGUUGAUGUUCCAGAUGUCGACAUUAAUCUGAAAGGUCCUAAAGUUGAAGGGGAUCUGGAUGUUAAAAUGCCAAAGAUCAAAGGAGGUCUCAAAGGUCCAGAGGUGGACAUUGAAGGCCCAGACAUUGACAUUGAAGGUCACAAAGGUGGAAUGAAAAUGCCCAAAUUCAAGAUGCCCUCAUUUGGUUUCAAAGGCCCAAAACUAGAAGGUCCAGAUGUUGACAUCAACCUCCCCAAGGCAGAUAUUGAUGUGAAAGCACCAGAUGUUGAUAUCGAAGGAGCAGACCUUGACAUUAAGGGUCCAAAUGCCAAACUGAAAGGACCCAAAUUCCACAUGCCAAGCAUAUCUGGGCCAAAAAUAUCUAUGCCAGAUGUGGAUUUCAACUUUAAAGGUCCAGACCUCAAAGGUGACAUGGAUGUCUCGGGUCCAAAAAUCAAAGGAGAUAUCAGAUCACCUGAAAUAGACAUCAAAGGUCCAGAAGUUGAUAUUGAAGGACCAAAGGGAGGAUUUGAAAUGCCUAAAAUGAAAAUGCCUUCACUAAAUUUCAAAGGUCCAAAAGUUGAUGUUCCAGAUGUUGACAUUAAUCUGAAAGGUCCUAAAGUUGAAGGGGAUCUGGAUGUUAAAAUGCCAAAGAUCAAAGGAGAUGUCAAAGGUCCAGAGGUGGACAUUGAAGGCCCAGACAUUGACAUUGAAGGUCACAAAGGUGGAAUGAAAAUGCCCAAAUUCAAGAUGCCAUCAUUUGGUUUCAAAGGCCCCAAACUAGAAGGUCCAGAUGUUGACAUCAACCUCCCCAAGACAGAUAUUGAUGUGAAAGCACCAGAUGUUGAUAUCGAAGGAGCAGACCUUGACAUUAAGGGACCAAAUGCCAAACUGAAAGGUCCCAAAUUCAGCAUGCCAAGCAUAUCUGGACCAAAAAUAUCCAUGCCAGAUGUGGAUUUCAACUUGAAAGGCCCAAAACUCAAAGGUGACAUGGAUGUUUCAGUUCCAAAGAUCGAAGGAGAUAUCAAAUCACCUGAAAUAGACAUCAAAGGUCCAGAAGUUGAUAUUGAAGGACCAAAGGGAGGAUUUGAAAUGCCUAAAAUAAAAAUGCCUUCACUAAAUUUCAAAGGUCCACACGUUGAUGUUCCAGAUGUUGACAUUAAUCUGAAAGGUCCUAAAGUUGAAGGGGAUCUGGAUGUUAAAAUGCCAAAGAUAAAAGGAAAUCUAAAAGGGCCCGAGGUGGACAUUGAAGGCCCAGAUUUUGACAUGGAGGGUUCCAAGGGUGGACUGAAAAUGCCCAAAUUCAAGAUGCCCUCAUUUGGUUUGAAAAGCCCCAGACUAGAAGGCUCAGAUGUUGACAUCAACCUCUCCAAGGCAGAUAUUGAUGUGAAAGCACCAGAUGUUGAUAUUGAAGGAGCAGACCUUGACAUUAAGGGUCCAAAUGCCAAACUGAAAGGUCCCAAAUUCCACAUGCCAAGCAUAUCUGGGCCAAAAAUAUCUAUGCCAGAUGUGGAUUUCAACAUGAAAGGCCCAAAACUCAAAGGUGACAUGGAUGUUUCAGUUCCAAAGAUCAAAGGAGAUAUUAAAUCACCUGAAAUAGACAUCAAAGGUCCAGAAGUUGAUAUUGAAGGACCAAAGGGAGGAUUUGAAAUGCCUAAAAUGAAAAUGCCUUCACUAAAUUUGAAAGGUCCAAAAGUUGAUGUUCCAGAUGUUGACAUUAAUCUGAAAGGUCCUAAAGUUGAAGGGGAUCUGGAUGUUAAAAUGCCAAAGAUCAAAGGAGAUGUCAAAGGUCCAGAGGUGGACAUUGAAGGCCCAGACAUUGACAUUGAAGGUCACAAAGGUGGAAUGAAAAUGCCCAAAUUCAAGAUGCCAUCAUUUGGUUUCAAAGGCCCCAAACUAGAAGGUCCAGAUGUUGACAUCAACCUCCCCAAGACAGAUAUUGAUGUGAAAGCACCAGAUGUUGAUAUCGAAGGAGCAGACUUUGACAUUAAGGGACCAAAUGCCAAACUGAAAGGUCCCAAAUUCAGCAUGCCAAGCAUAUCUGGACCAAAAAUAUCCAUGCCAGAUGUGGAUUUCAACUUGAAAGGCCAACUCAAAGGUGACAUGGAUGUUUCAGUUCCAAAGAUCGAAGGAGAUAUCAAAUCACCUGAAAUAGACAUCAAAGGUCCAGAAGUUGAUAUUGAAGGACCAAAGGGAGGAUUUGAAAUGCCUAAAAUAAAAAUGCCUUCACUAAAUUUGAAAGGUCCAAAGGUUGAUGUUCCAGAUGUUGACAUUAAUCUGAAAGGUCCUAAAGUUGAAGGGGAUCUAGAUGUUAAAAUGCCAAAGAUCAAAGGAGAUGUCAAAGGUCCAGAGGUGGACAAUGAAGGCCCAGAUUUUGUCAUGGAGGGUUACAUGGUUGUAAUGAAAAUGCCCAAAUUCAAGAUGCCAUCAUUUGGUUUCAAAGGCCCCAAACUAGAAGGUCCAGAUGUUGACAUCAACCUCCCCAAGACAGAUAUUGAUGUGAAAGCACCAGAUGUUGAUAUUGAAGGAGCAGACCUUGACAUUAAGGGACCAAAUGCAAAACUGAAAGGUCCCAAAUUCAGCAUGCCAAGCAUAUCUGGACCAAAAAUAUCCAUGCCAGAUGUGGAUUUCAACUUGAAAGGCCCAAACCUCAAAGGUGACAUGGAUGUUUCAGUUCCAAAGAUCAAAGGAGAUAUCAAAUCACCUGAAAUAGACAUCAAAGGUCCAGAAGUUGAUAUUGAAGGACCAAAGGGAGGAUUUGAAAUGCCUAAAAUGAAAAUGCCUUCACUAAAUUUGAAAGGUCCAAAAGUUGAUGUUCCAGAUGUUGACAUUAAUCUGAAAGGUCCUAAAGUUGAAGGGGAUCUGGAUGUUAAAAUGCCAAAGAUCAAAGGAGAUGUCAAAGGUCCAGAGGUGGACAUUGAAGGCCCAGACAUUGACAUUGAAGGUCACAAAGGUGGAAUGAAAAUGCCCAAAUUCAAGAUGCCAUCAUUUGGUUUCAAAGGCCCCAAACUAGAAGGUCCAGAUGUUGACAUCAACCUCCCCAAUACAGAUAUUGAUGUGAAAGCACCAGAUGUUGAUAUUGUAGGAGCAGACCUUGACAUUAAGGGACCAAAUGCAAAAUUGAAAGGUCCCAAAUUCAACAUGCCAAGCAUAUCUGGACCAAAAAUAUCCAUGCCAGAUGUGGAUUUCAACUUGAAAGGCCCAAAACUCAAAGGUGACAUGGAUGUUUCAGUUCCAAAGAUCAAAGGAGAUAUCAAAUCACCUGAAAUAGACAUCAAAGGUCCAGAAGUUGAUAUUGAAGGACCAAAGGGAGGAUUUGAAAUGCCUAAAAUGAAAAUGCCUUCACUAAAUUUGAAAGGUUCAAAGGUUGAUGUUCCAGAUGUUGACAUUAAUCUGAAAGGUCCUAAAGUUGAAGGGGAUCUGGAUGUUAAAAUGCCAAAGAUCAAAGGAGAUGUCAAAGGUCCAGAGGUGGACAUUGAAGGCCCAGACAUUGACAUUGAAGGUCACAAAGGUGGAAUGAAAAUGCCCAAAUUCAAGAUGCCAUCAUUUGGUUUCAAAGGCCCCAAACUAGAAGGUCCAGAUGUUGACAUCAACCUCCCCAAGACAGAUAUUGAUGUGAAAGCACCAGAUGUUGAUAUUGAAGGAGCAGACCUUGACAUUAAGGGACCAAAUGCAAAACUGAAAGGUCCCAAAUUCAGCAUGCCAAGCAUAUCUGGACCAAAAAUAUCCAUGCCAGAUGUGGAUUUCAACUUGAAAGGCCCAAAUCUCAAAGGUGACAUGGAUGUUUCAGUUCCAAAGAUCAAAGGAGAUAUCAAAUCACCUGAAAUAGACAUCAAAGGUCCAGAAGUUGAUAUUGAAGGACCAAAGGGAGGAUUUGAAAUGCCUAAAAUGAAAAUGCCUUCACUAAAUUUGAAAGGUCCAAAAGUUGAUGUUCCAGAUGUUGACAUUAAUCUGAAAGGUCCUAAAGUUGAAGGGGAUCUGGAUGUUAAAAUGCCAAAGAUCAAAGGAGAUGUCAAAGGUCCAGAGGUGGACAUUGAAGGCCCAGACAUUGACAUUGAAGGUCACAAAGGUGGAAUGAAAAUGCCCAAAUUCAAGAUGCCAUCAUUUGGUUUCAAAGGCCCCAAACUAGAAGGUCCAGAUGUUGACAUCAACCUCCCCAAUACAGAUAUUGAUGUGAAAGCACCAGAUGUUGAUAUUGUAGGAGCAGACCUUGACAUUAAGGGACCAAAUGCAAAAUUGAAAGGUCCCAAAUUCAACAUGCCAAGCAUAUCUGGAUCAAAAGUAUCCAUGCCAGAUGUGGAUUUCAACUUGAAAGGCCCAAAACUCAAAGGUGACAUGGAUAUUUCAAGUCCAAAUUUAAAAGGAGAUAUCAAAUCACCUGUAAUUGACAUCAAAGGUGCAAAAGUUAAAACCGAUGUUCCAAGUCUUGAUAUUGAUCUAAAGCAUAUCAGUGAACCACCAAAGUUUCCAACAAUACCUGUUUCCAAAGCUGCACUACCAAAUGUUGACAUAAAUCUGACGGGAUCGAAACUGAAGGGAGGAUUUAAAGGAGAGGGUCAAUUUCCAAAAGCUGACCUGAAAGACACUGUCUUGGAAGUCACUCCAAAAAAAUCUAAGUUCAAAAUGCCAAAGGUUGGAUUUAAGAGUCCAAAGAUCAAGACCUCAGAACCUGAUAUUAAACUGGAGCAUGGAGAUGUCAACAUUAAAGGAAAGACUGGGAGCUGCGAGGGACUUGAUGUUGACAUUGGUUUGUCUGGUUCAAAAUCUAAAAGUCCCAAAUUUAAGAUCCCAAAAUUUGGCCUCAAGGGCCCAAAAGCUGACAUGCCAGAAGCUGAUCUUUCAAAAUCUGGAAUUGACAUAAAAACAUCAGAUGUCAUGACAGCAGGAGCAGGAUUUGAUGUCGAUACUCACAGUGGAAAACUUACAGGAUCAAAAAAUGUGGAUUUAAAUCUGACAGGUCCACAACUUAAAGGGGAUUUGAAUGUGUCAGUUCCAGAUGUAGAUCUAAACCUGAAAGAAGCUGAUAUAAAAGGUCCAAAGUUUGAAGUUGAGGGACCGAAGGGUGGAUUAGAAAUGCCCAAGAUCAAGAUACCAUCUUUUGGCAUCAAACUUCCUCAGCUGGAAAAUUCAAAUGAUACUAUAACCAUUCCAAAUGUCAAUGCUGAUACAGUAACCCCCAAAGUUGACAUUGGUGGAGUUGAUGUUAAAGGCCCUGAGGCAAGUCCCAAUGUUAAACUUCCAUCAGUAUCAGGACCCACCUUGCCAGACUUAAACAUUAAUCUUACAGGGCCAAAAACAAAAGGAAAUGUCAAUGUUGCUCUCCCUAAUACUAAUAUUGAUAUCAAAGUACCAAAGACAGAAAUCAAAGGAGCAGGAAAAAUAACACCACCUGAAGUUGAUAUCAAAGGUCCACAUGUUGAUCUUGGGGUUGGCAAAGAUGGGUUUGAAAUCCCUAAAAUUAAAAUGCCAUCACUAGACUUUAAAGGCCCCAAAACAGGGAGUCAAGGUGUUGACAUCAACCUUUCCAAACCCAAAAUAGAUGUUGAUUCCUCUAAAGUAGACUUUAAAGCACCCAAAGUAAAAUUGCCAACUGUAUCAGGCCCCGAAUGGGAUAUUAAUCUGAAAGGUUCAAAUGUUGAAGGAAAAGAAAUUAAUGUUAACCUUCCUAAAACAGACAUUGAAAUUAAAGGACCAAAAUUAUCCAUGUCAGAUGUGGACAUGAAUCUUAAAGCUCCUGAUGUUGACAUCAAGGAUCCCAAGGUUCAAACUGGAGGGCCCAAGGUUGGUUUUAAAAUGUCCAAAGUCACACUCCCAUCAGAAUCAGAAGUUGAUGUAAAUUUUGCAAAAGCUGACUUUAACAUUAAAGCGCCUGAAGUAAACAUAAAAGGACCAGAAUUUGAUUCCAAUGAAGCAAGUCUUGAUGUCCCUGACAUAGAUGUGAAGGGGAAAAAGGGAAAGUUCAAGCUUCCAAAAGUGAAAGGAAAAGCAAGGAAGCAAGAAGCUGAUAUUAAAACACCAGAAGUAGACCAGGGUAUUGACACGCCAAAUAUUCAUGUGAAAGGGACAAACACUAAGAAGCCUCUUUUUGGUAAACUUCAUUUCCCUGAUGUAGAACUGGAUAUGAAAUCUCCAAAACUGAAAGGUGAUGGAUCUUUAGCUGAAGGAUUUAAAUCACCCGAUGCAAAUGUAUCAUCUGACAGUGCAAAGAUUUAUUUGGAAGGCCCUGAUGUUAAUGUCAAAGGAGUUCCAGAGCUUAGUGCAAGAACUUCAGGACAAUCAGCUAGUGGCCUUCAGUAUCCAGAGGGCACAAUACUGUUUCCAAAAAUUAAAGUGCCGAAGUUUGGUAUUCUUCUGCCUAAGGUGGAAGGUCAAGAUGUUGCAGGAAAAGGAAAAUCAGAUGCAGCGAUGGGUGGAAAAUUAAACUUGGAAGGUGGAUCUGGAGUCAGUUUGUCAGCUAAGGGAAAGUCAGCCUCACUGGAUCUAUUUAAAAAAUCAAAGCACCGAUCUUCCUCUGCCAGUGACGAAGGUUCCCUUGGAGCUAGCUCUCCUUCAGCUCUUUCAGAAGCUGAAUGUGGUGACAUUUCAAUAGAUGUAGGAGGAACUAAGGUCAAAGGCAAGAAAGGCAAAUUAAAAUUUGGCACAUUUGGAGGUUUUGGAUCUAAGUCCAAGGGCUCAUACGAAGUAACACUUGGGAAUGACAAUGAAGGAGAAAUAGAGGGGAGUACAGAUGCUUCUGUACCUCUGAAAAAAUCUAGAUUGUCUUCCUCCUCAAGCAGUGAUAGUGGAUCAAGAGGUGCUUUCAGGCUUCCAAAACUUGAACUAUCGGUUUCUCCAAAAAAAUAA